CAGGUAGAAGUAUGGGUUUAAUCCAAAGCUCCUGACCCGACCCGCUUCCCUUCGUCUUCUUCGCUUUCCAUCGAAUGAAAGACUGAAUCUGCUGGAAGCAAGAAAAAAUCUCCACAGGAGAGAAUCUCAACGGCUUUCUCCUCUCUUUCUCUCAACUCAACCAUGGCUGCCAAUUUUUGGACCUCCUCUCACUUCAAACAGCUUCUGGAUCAGGACGAGGUGGAUGUGGUUCACCCAUUGGAUAAGGAGAAAGGCAUCACUGUCGAAGACUUGAGGCUCAUCAAAAUGGAGAUGGCCAAUUAUAUAUGGAGAUUGGCUGCUCAAGUGAAAGUGAGACAGAGGGUUGUAGCUACUGCUGUUACAUAUAUGAGACGUGUGUAUACCAGAAAGAGUAUGAUUGAAUAUGAUCCACGUCUUGUAGCUCCGACGUGUUUGUACCUCGCGGCAAAAGCAGAAGAAAGCACAGUGCAGGCUCGACUUCUUGUAUUUUACAUCAAAAAACAAUCCUCAGAUGAAAAGUACAGAUAUGAAAUCAAGGAUAUACUUGAAAUGGAAAUGAAGAUUUUAGAAGCCAUUAACUACUAUCUAGUUGUAUUUCAUCCUUACCGUUCAUUAUCUCAGCUCCUUCAAGAUGCAGGAUUAAAUGAUAUACAUAUGACUCAGUUAACUUGGGGACUUGUGAAUGACACAUACAAGAUGGACCUUAUACUUGUUCAUCCCCCACAUCUUAUUGCUUUGGCUUGCAUAUAUAUUGCUAGUGUACUCAGAGAUAAGGAUACAACUUCAUGGUUUGAAGAGCUUCAUGUGGAUAUGAAUGUGGUGAAAAAUAUAUCUAUGGAGAUAUUAGAUUUCUAUGAAAACUACAAAACUAUUGCUGAUGAGAGAAGGGUUAGUGUAUCCCUAGCCAAGCUUGGUUCUAAACCAUAGAUGGUUGGCCAUUACUGCCUCUAGCCAUGAAGUGCUUAUAAUUGCAACCACCAAUCAUUUACCUUCAAAUCAAAUGUACCUCCACCUUGUGACAAUUACUAGUUAAUUAUUAACAUAUUGGGGAAGUGGAGUCAAUAUCACAAAACUUUCCCUAAUAAUAAUUUUAUUCAGUCAA